AUGGGACGUGCCGACAGUAUCAAAGAGGCGGUUGAGGUGUAUCGCGCUACAUACGGCUCUAAGUUAGACAUUCUUGCAAACAUCGCCGGUGUCAUGGAUGCCUUCGCCAGUGCUGAUACUAUGACUGACGACGUUUGGGAACGAUGUAUCAACAUCAACCUCAAAGGCCCCACCCUGCUAACUCGAGAGAUUCUACCUCUCAUGAAGAAUUGCGGACAGGGUUCGUUAUCAACGUUGGAAUCAGUGCCGGGCGGGUUCGAUGGAGUCGAUAAAGCUGGAUAUGCAACUUCAGCGGACUUCAUUGGUAUACAUGUACCACCCGGCACCGAACCAGCUCUUCGUGCAGAGCAUGUCGCAAACACCAUCGCAUUUCUUGCAUCGGAUCUAGCUGAGGGCAUUACAGGUGCUAUUAUUCCUGUAGACCGUGGCUGGAGUUGUUAA